AUGUCUAAAAUUCAUUAUUUUGACGAAUUUAAUGUGAGCUAUGAACUUUUGGAAGAUGGUACCAUUCUUGUUCCAUCUAAACUUAUAGCAGCAGAUGACUUAUCAGUAAAUGAAAAUGAGGAAGAUCUUGUAUCUGAAAAUAGUAGCACAGAUAAUGAACCUAAAGAUAGUCCUCUGAAAGAAAUUUAUGUUGAACAGACAUUUACCUCCUUUGACAUAUUUGAACAAUGUCUAAAACAUUAUUCAACUAGAAUGGGAUUUGAAACGAAAAUAGUGCGAGCUGAAAAGGAAAAUAAUAUUUUUGUUCAUAAGACAUAUAAAUAUAGGCAUAGUAGAAAAUACUUACCUAAGAAAAAGUUAGACCCUACUCAAAAUCGAGAUCGAGAAUCUGAUCAUAAUCAUGUAUUAAAUGAAGAAGAAUUGCAUUUGCAAUUUUCACCGUCUUUGCAUAAGAUAUCUGAUAAUAUUAAAGAAGAGAUCCAGUUUUAUGUUCAAGAAUUUGGAGCUCAGAUUAAAAAUGAUGCCUCAACUUUAUAUGAAUAUCUUUCAAAAAAGCAACAAAAAAAUCCUGACUGUCGUAUUGCAGCUAUAGCUGUAGUUUCUGAUGAGACAGUGUCAACUUAUGAAUGGAUCUUAGAACAAACUAAAUUGGCUACAAAUGGCCUUCAACCAAAAAUGAUUUUCACGGAUGCUGAUUCAGCGAUGCAAGUAGCUAUAACAAAUGAGUAUUCUGAAGCUAUUGUUAGAUAUUGUGCAUUUCACAUUCAGCAAAAUCUAGUUAAAAAGCUUAAAAAAAAGCUUAAUAAUGAGUGGAAUAAUUUUAUUUCUGAUUUUUAUGCUUUGAGAAAUUCUCUUGUAGUAUCUGAAUUUGAUCGUCAUUAG